CUCCCCAGAGCAGUGUGCUGAGGACGCCAGCAUGGGGCCCGGGAAGUGGGCUUGUGCGGUCCUGCUGCUGCAGCUCUGCUGUGCUGGCUGUGGAUCCUGUGGGAAGGUGCUGGUGUGGCCCUGUGAAAUGAGCCACUGGCUCAACAUAAAGACUCUUCUUGAGGAACUUGUGAAAAGAGGACAUGAGGUGACAGUUCUGACUCCUUCACACAGUUUUUUCAUUGACUACAGGAAGCCUUCUGCAUUUCAUUUUGAAGUGAUCCCUAUACCAACUGACAAAAAUGUUUCUGAGAAUGUGAUAAAUGAGUUUAUCGAACUAGCUGUGAAUGUCAUGCCAACACUGUCAUUCUGGCAAUCAGGAAGACUACUGCAAAAAUUCUUUCUUCAAGUAACUGAAGAUUUGAGACUUCUGUGUACAAGUACAGUCUACAACCAAUCGCUCAUGCAGAAGCUCCAGGAAUCCAAGUAUGAUGUGAUGAUUACAGAUCCUGUGGAGCCCUGUGGGGAUCUGGUGGCUGAGAUGCUUGGGAUCCCUUUUGUGAACACGCUAAGGUUCUUCACGGGCUACACCUUAGAGAAAUACUGUGGGCAGCUUCCAGCUCCACCUUCCUAUGUGCCUGUUCCCAUGGGAGGACUCACAAGCAGAAUGACAUUUAUGGAAAGGGUGAAAAAUCUAGUGCUUUCGUUUUUGUUUGACUUCUGGUUCCAGCAGUAUGACUUUGAGUUUUUGGAUCAGUUUUACAGUGAAGCAUUAGGAAGGCCCACUACGCUAUGUGAGACUAUGGGCAAAGCUGAAAUCUGGCUAAUUCGGACAUACUGGGAUAUUGAAUUUCCUCGUCCAUACCUGCCUAACUUUGAGUUUGUCGGAGGCCUGCACUGCAAACCUGCCAAACCUCUACCUCCGGUUUUAUGGAGAUACAAGGGAAAGGAGCCAGCCACGUUAGGACCCAAUACUCGGCUGCUUGAUUGGAUUCCCCAGAAUGACCUUCUUGGCCACCCCAAAACCAAAGCUUUCAUCACUCAUGGUGGAACCAAUGGGAUCUAUGAAGCUAUUUAUCAUGGGGUCCCCAUGGUGGGAGUCCCCCUAUUUGGAGAUCAGUAUGACAAUGUCGCUCACAUGAAGGCCAAAGGAGCAGCCGUGGAGGUCAACAUGUACACAAUGACAAGUGCAGACCUGCUGGGUGCCUUGAGAGCAGUCAUCAACGACCCUUCUUAUAAAGAGAAUGCCAUGAGGUUAUCAAGAAUUCACCAUGAGCAGCCAAUGAAGCCCUUGGACCGAGCAGUCUUCUGGAUCGAGUUUGU